AUGAAAUUACCAACAACUUGUCUUUAUACUUUUGCUAUAAUAAAAUGUCAGCGCCAUUACCAUCAAACAAGAGCUUGUUUGUUUACCAACAAGAAUGUCUAUUAUGGUCGUUCUUCUUAUUCAGAUGGUCACCAUCUAGAUUCUUUUUCUAUAGCUGACCCUAGAACGAUAGUAAACUAUCUCAAUAACUAUGUGAUUGGUCAAGACAGAGCCAAAAAGAUACUGGCCGUGGCUGUCUUUAAUCAUUAUAACCGUGUACGAGCCAAUCUUUCAAAUCAGUCUGAACCAGAACAAGAACCAGACGAUGCGAUACAACAACAUCAUCAAUAUUAUACCUUACCCCAUGAUGACUAUACAACAAAAAGUGUCCAUCCUAAUCUUGUUCCUGCAGAAAGAAUAAAGAGCAGUAGUUUAUUUGAAGACAAAUGGACACAUCAACAGCGUCGUAGUUGGGAGAAUCCACCCACCACUGGAUCUCAAUGGCGUAAUAAAGUAACCCUGACCACAGACAAGAAACCUAACAAGGAACCAUCUUCUAUGGAGGAUACAGUCUACGAUAAAAGCAAUGUGAUGUUGAUUGGUCCAACAGGGUCUGGCAAGACAUUACUCGCUAGGACAUUAGCACAGAUAUUGCAGAUACCCUUUUCCAUGUCCGAUGCUACUCGUUUUACCCAAGCAGGUUAUGUAGGUGAAGAUGUUGAACUGGUGAUUCAACGCUUACUUCAGGCAUGUGAUUAUGAUGUACGAAAAGCAGAGACAGGCAUUGUGUUUAUUGAUGAGAUUGAUAAGAUUGCUAAAAGAUCAGAUGCGAUGUCUGCUUCAAGAGAUGUUUCGGGUGAAGGCGUACAGCAGUCUUUACUGCGUAUGUUGGAAGGCACUGUGGUCCAUGUGACAGACAAGUCAGCCAGUCAUGGCAAUCAUCAUGGUGGCUCAAACAAAGGGGGAGAGUCGUAUGCAGUGGAUACAAGCAAUAUUCUGUUUAUUUUAAGUGGUGCAUUUAUGGGCCUAGAAAAGACCAUUCAGGAUAGAGUGGCAAAAGGGUCCAUUGGUUUCAAUGCACGUAUCCAAACAGAAUCAGAUAAAGCAGAAAAAGGCAGUCAUGCUCUUCAUCAAGUAGAGCCUACAGAUUUGAUUCAAUAUGGACUCAUUGCUGAAUUUACAGGCAGAAUACCCAUUAUUGCGUCUGUGGACCAUUUAUCGACUGAAGAUCUUGUUCGUGUGUUGACUGAACCCAAAAAUUCGUUAUUAAAGCAGUACCAAGGCUUGUUUGAACUAAACAAGGCAAGUUCAUAUAUUCAAUUGAAAUUCAGCAAGACAGCUUUAAGAAGAAUUGCAGCCUUGGCCUUAGAGAAAGAGACAGGUGCAAGAGGAUUGCGUCGUAUUAUGGAAAGCUUGUUGCUUGAUGCUAUGUAUGAUACACCCUCAUCUUGGGUGAAGCAAGUAGUGAUCAAUAGUAAAGCCAUAUUUCAGAUAAAAUCAUAA